GUAAUCGGUUGCAAAACCGCGAGAAAAUCGAAAGCAGUUAUUUAAAAAACUUAAUUUAUUAAGUAAACAACUAAAUUCCACGAAAAUUUAAUCAACCAAACACGUGACUGUAUGACUGUUAAUAUGUUUGCUUUAAUAUAAUUUAGUCUAAUUAUAUUGGGCUUCAUUCUUUGAUCAAGCCAAAACGUGACUCUGUUAUGAGAAUUAAUAUAAGUUCCGCCACUGUCUUUUGAUGAUAACGAGAAAUUAAUACACUGUAUAUAAAUUUCCUGAUUUGUGUUUUCCUUGUACCGAGGAAAUUUCCAUUUAACACAUUAAAACAAGUGUUUUUGCUGUUUUAUUGAUUGGAAACAAAUAAUCCAGAUGGUUAAUUGUUUGUUUUCAAAUCGCUACUGGAAUUUUAAGAUAAUAAUAUUGUAAUUAAAUUAUAUAUUAUUAUUACUGGGAUAUAAAGUGCAGUAGAACUUAAUGAAUGAAUUUUCUGAGUACAUUCUUCAAAUUUUAUAUAGACCGAUUAAGGAACAGAGUUUUACAAACCAUUAAUGACCACUCCCCUAGUUCGCCGCCCUUGUGUGUCGUUCAACACAAACGAAUCGAUAGAAGUUUUACGGUGAGCGUCGCGACGCUGCCGGCACGCCAGUGUGCACGUGACCACCUAACCGUCCGGAUGCCGUCCCCGUGUCGCGACAUGGCCGCCCCCGACGCCCGCGAUGUCAACUGCCAACGAGACCCGGGUCGCCCUUGAGCCGCCCAUCGACGGGCGGCCGCGCAGGUCUGGGUCGGUGAGGCUGCGCAGACAACACGGCCUUCAACCGCCCCUUCAUCCGCUUCAACUUUGCGGCUGGUUGACUUUGGCUGCGCUGGCAGCGGGCGCUUUGCUCGGACUCGUGCCUGCUCUGCCUCUUUAUGCGCAACCCGCCGCCGCCGCCACUGUUUCCGUCCUUUUACUGAUUCAUCUAGCUACUCAUUUGGCGGCAGCCCUUAUAGAUCCAGCAGAAGAAGCGUUACGUCACAGGGCUCUACUGCCUGUACCGCAACUCGACAGGGCCAAACACGCUCACGUAAUCGAGGGCGGCAUUUGCCAUCUUUGUCACAUCGAGGUGACCAGUCUUCGGACCAAACAUUGCAGCGCUUGUAACAAGUGCGUCUCCAACUUCGAUCAUCAUUGCAAGUGGCUGAACAACUGCGUCGGAGGACGAAAUUACGGAUCGUUUUUGAUGUGCGUGAGUAGCGCAGUGGCGGCCGCUGCCCUUGUGGCCGUACUUGCCAUCGUCAACUUGAUCUAUCAUCAAUUUGGUUCUGAGAAUGUCAAUAAUGAUGACAUCGAUUUAAAGGACAAUCCAAAGCUCAAUUCAACUGAUCCACCUUUGCCGUUUCCUUCUUCGUUGCCUUCGAGUGACGCAGCAUUUCUAGCAGUCGUAGCAGCCCUAGGACUUCUAGCUGCAAUCACAGCAGGUCUACUUUUACACCUUUGCUUUUUCCACAUCUACAUAUCAUUUUUGGGGCUCACCACCUACGAAUACAUCAGACAGCAACGACAAACCAACUUGCAAGUACCUGUACCACUCCAAAGAGACUCAAACAGCGAAAAUUUACAAAGCGAAAGCGAAAGGAAUUCAGGCUUAAGACACAGGCCAGUGAAUCUAAAUUGCGAAGGCAAAACAAGGACAACCUUCUUUAGCUGUACAGUUUUAGAAGAAACCUUCAAUUGCAAUCCUGAACCAACGCCUACACCUCCUACAACACCCCAAGAUUGUCAAAUGUGCGUUAUGACUAACAAUUCGGUGGCUCCAGAAAUAAAAAUCCCUCCAAAAAAAGUACGACGAAAAUGGAAUUGUUGCGUGUCGGUGCCGGACAGUCCGGACGAUCCUCACAGUCCGCCUGAGCCUCGAUGUCUCAUGUCCUUGUGCAAGCACAAAACGAAAAGCAAAAAGCUACCGGCUGUAAUGGAGGGCAGACCUCAUAGGACUCACGGCUAUUGGUCUAGUGCGAAAUUGAGGCUACUUUUUAGAGUUUUAGGUAAUUUAGGUAAUCAAAAAAGAAGGCAGCAAGCAACCGGUACGAAAUCGAAUCAUGUGGCACCCAAUUCUCCCGUCCCAAUACAAACCGUAAGCAAUUUGGUACCUGUGCCUUGUUAUCCGGAGGUAUCCAGAAGAGCUAAUUCGUUGCCAGCAUUGCAAACAGCUCCUAAAAGUAGGCGUUUGAUCAGCGAAACCGAACUAGCCAACGCUCUGACCCUUCUCCAGCAACAACAACGUUGCGGUCGCAGGGCGACGUCGCGUCGACGUCGCAGGAGCGUCGUACACCGACCGAAAACGCCGGCGUUGUCGCCGAUUCGAGAAAGCGGACUCAGCAAUCCAGCGUCGCCGUCCAGACAAACUUGUGCUAUAGCUGGAGCUUGUACGAGGACUAGCUAGUGUUCAAAAACUAUAUUGAAGUUAUUUGAAGAGCAAAUAUUUUAUUUAUUUUGUCAAUGUAUUUUUGUAUAUGGAGUAAAUGUAUAUUUUGUGAGUAAGGAUUGCACAAGUUCAAGCUCUAUAUGUGAAUUUGAGAUAUGUACCUAAGAGGCUCAUAAUGUGAAAAUGUACCUACCUACCUAAUUAUGCUUUAAUAAAGGUGCUCUUUAUUGUUAAGAAACCUGAUGUGCUGAUAUAAAAUAAUUAUUUUGUAGAUUAUUGUAAUAUUUUUUUUACACUCAUCAUUUAGGGCAGGUCUUAUAAAACUAUUUUGACAGAAUAACUAGAAGUUAACUUUAAGUUAUAUGUUAAAUUAGUUUUAUAAUACCCACUCUUUAGUCAUGUAGCACAUUUUGUUUAUUAUUUUCAGGGAUAAAAAUAGUUGUAGUAUAAACCAAUUAUUGAAGUUAAAUUUCAUAUUGUUACAAUUUAUAUAGAUUGAAUAAUGUACAUAAAUCGUUUCACCAGGGUUCAUACUUUUGAUAUCAAACACGUAAUAACUUAAAAAAAAAAGGGUUGUCGUAGACAAAGAAUAUUAUAGUUACCACUUAUAGAAAACCUACGCUUAUGGGCGACGGCAGACCGCUAGAGACGCUGCUCCGGUGGUAUAAAUUGAAAUAAUUUAUAUUCGCGCUAGCUUUCCGGCAAACAAAUCUUAGCAGCGUUGCGCGCUCCUCCUCUCGGGUAUUUAGUAUUUACUGUGAUUUUACCUUGUAAGAUGAUAGCCUAACUGGCGCAGCGGUUUUAGAAUAUUAUUUUUUACAUCGACAUUAUUAGAUUAUAUGUAAAAAAAACAAAAGUUACAAUAAAUCAUAUAAUAGACAUUCCUAAAAUAAUACAGUUGCUACUGCAUACCUUGUUGCUAUGUUUAAUUUGCUGUAUUGAGGAAAUAAAAUCGGCCUUCUAAAUAGGUAAUGCAAUUUAAUAUAAAAGAAACAUUUAUUCUGAUAUUAUGGUAUUUGGACCAUCAUUAUAAAAUCUUUGCGUAUUGGAAAUUUUUUUUCCCACUUGUUAGGUAAAUAACCAUUUUUUAUGAGCGUGCGGAAAAGUGAACUAAUUUUUAGGUAUACAGGUACUUACAGGUAAACAGGUAUACUACAGGUACAGAGGUACAGAAAAGUGAAAAAAAAUAUAUCUUAAAUUGAUAAAUAUGUAGAUAAAAAUAUUACCUCUCAUCUCGUAGAAAAAAUAGUGUUCCUAACUCGUGUGGAAAGUCUCUUUUCCGCACUUGAUUGCUUGCUGUAAUCGCGUGCGGAAAAGUGGUACUUUCCGCAUUAGUUAGGAAAUAUACUAUUUUAACUUAGAAUAUAGUUUAUUCAGUUAUCCGAAAAUAUAUAAAUAAAUUUCUCAGUUUCUUGAAUUUCAAAACCUAAGUUUUUGAAAUUUUCCUAUAAUGAGCUCCAUACUUUCCUCUCUCUCGUGGAAAAAUUUCGAAAUUUUCCCUUUGCCAGUUUUCCAGAAAAAAAUUAAAAUGCAAAAGGUGAAUUUUUCUUUAAUAAGUCCAUUUUCCAGAAUUUUUCCUAGAGUCAUUUUUCAUUGGAAAUUUUUGAAAUUUUUCUACAAUAUGAGCUUUACACUUUCCUCUCUUUCCUGGAAAAAUUUCCAAAUUUACCCUUUGCCAGUUUUCCAGAAAAAAAUUAAAAUGCAAGAGGUGAAUUUUCCUUAAUUUUGCUUAAAUAAGUCAAUUUUCUGGAUUUUUUCCUGGAGUCAUUUUCUAUUGGAAAAUUUUGAAAUUUUCCUAUAAUGAGCUCCAUACUUUCCUCUCUUUCGUGGAAAAAUUUCGAAAUUUUCCCUUUGCCAGUUUUCCAGCAAAAAAUUAAAAUGCAAGAGGUGAAUUUUCCUUAAAUAAGUCCAUUUUCCAGAAUUUUACCUGGAGUCAUUUUUCAUUGGGAAAUUUUGAAAUGAGCUCUUCACUUUCCUCUUUUUCUCCUGUAAAAAUUUCAAAAUUUUCUCAUUGCCAGUUUUCCAGAAAAAAAAUUAAAAUGUAAGAAGGUAAAUUUUUUUCAAUUUUGCUUAAAUAAGUCAAUUUUCCAGAAUUUUUCCUGGAAUGAUUUUCCAUUUGAAAAUUUUGAAAUUUUCCUAUAAUAAGCUCCUCACUUUCGUCUUUCUCCUCAAAAAAUUGCACAAUUUUUACUUGGCCAGUUUUCCAGAAAAAAAUUGAAAAACUUUGAUAUUUUUGUAAGAAACUCGAGUUCGAACUGCGCUUAUCGUCUAGCAAUUUUUCAGCGAUAUUUUCAAGACAAAAGCUUCCAUUUUUUUCCCUCAUAUCGUGUUUUUUCACAUCAGCGCGGUCACCGUUUUAAAGUUAUUAUACAUAUAUAUAUGGACAUAUGGCAACGCCGACUAGCCCUCAACUGGAGCCACGUUGAUUACGGCGAGCCUACCACUCUGAUGGAACCCGGCUCGAAAAGUCUGGCUCUAUUCAGGGGCCAGGGGGUCAAAAAAUAUACAUGGAAUAGGUUUUCUAUAGGUGUUAACUAUAAUAUUGUUUGUCGUAGAUUAAUUCAUAUGUUUAUUCGAUUUUUUUGACAAAUUAAAAUGAAUGACUCCUGGUUUAAGAAUCGACGAACGUUUUUGACGUCAUUGAUUUGUUUCAGUCAAUUCUUAUUUGUUAAAAAAGUAUAAACCCUCGUGAAACAAUGGGUACAUUCAGGCAGUGCCAGCAACUAAGCUUACCCACUCAGCAGGGACUUUAUUCUCGAAAUCGAGGAAUAACGUUUUCAUGAGAACGAUUGCUCUGUCAUUGUCAGUUUUAUGGAAAUAUGAAUACGGACGACGAAGUUCUCAUGAGAACGUUGCUUCCCUGUUUCAAGAAGAAAAUCCCUGCCGAGUGGCUGCACUUAGCCGCCUGAAUGUACCCAAUGAUUACCAAGAUUUGAAUUAUAUAUUGUUCAACAAGUGCAAAAGUACAAACUUUGUUGAAUAAAUAAAAGGGUCGUUAUAUAUUUAUAAAGUUUUUGAAUCAAACAAGCCUUUUUCAUAGAUAAAAAAUCCCAUCUUUAUUUCAUAAUAAAAUUUAUACAAGUUUUGAACCAAAUCUUUUAAAGCUAUUUCUUUAAAAAUUACUAUUGCUACAUAAAUAUUAUUACAAUACAAAAAAAAAAAAACACAAUAAAUAUCACAUGUACAGAAUAUCAAUUUAUAAACUACUGAAUCAUCUGCAAGUAUCGAUUCUCCUCUAACAACGAGCUCAGCGACGACGUCAUGUCCCCAACAACCAUAUUCGUAUUGGGAUUUGGAUCACUAGAAGCGUUCCAACUUUGACACGAUUGUACAUACUCCAAAGUGCGCUGAUAAGCAUCUGGCCGCAUCGGAGGAGCUUCACUGUACGUCGAAGGAGCCAAAGCACCCG